AUGCGCUUCCACGCCCUCAUCCGCACCCACCACAUCACCUCCCGCAAGAAAGUCGCCCUCCUCCGCAAGGCCGCCGCCAAAUACGAGUGCUUCGCCCUCCUCCGCUCCGGCGGGUGUCCGGGCAUCAUGUACUGCAGCGGUAGCGAGGGGGGUGUGAGGGGGUGGGUCGAUGCUGUUCAUAGACUGCGGUACAAGGACUACCAGCUGGCGCAGAAGCCGGCGCCGGUGCCGAUAGCCGCGGGGACGGUACCGGAAGAGCGGAGUGGCCUGUUUGAGGUGCCGUCGGUGCAGGAGUUUGCGGCGGCGAUGGAGAAACGGGGGGUUGCGGAGUGGUGGAAGGAGGGUAUGGCGUUUGCAUAG